UUGCCAAUAAUGGAUAAAAUAAAAUAUGGCAUUAUCAUUAUUGUACGAUACAUAAAAGUCCUAUUUUGUCAACUUUGUUGAGUUUUUUUUCAAUUGUUGAUCAUUCACAGUAAACUAAGUAGUUGGAACUAUUUUUUAAAUAAAAAAAACAAUCAUGGGCAAAUAUAAAAUUAAGGUUGGUAUAAUUGGUGGUUCUGGUCUAGAAGAUAUAGCAAAUCGCAUACUAGAGUCAGCUACUGAGAUAAAACCUGAGGAGUUAAAGAAUGAUUUUGGUGAACCAAGUGGAGCUAUUUAUUCAGGAAUUCUUCAUGGAGUAGAAGUAGCUUUAUUAUCUAGACAUGGAUCAGGCCAUAGAUUGAGUCCUAGCCAAGUGAAUUACCGAGCCAACAUUGAAGCUUUGAAGAUGCUAGGUUGCACUCACAUCUUGGCAUCAAACGCUUGUGGAUCUUUAGUAGAAGACAUUGGCAGAGGAAAGCUGGUAGUUCUUACGAGUUUCAUAGAUCGUACAAAUGGCCGAAAAGGAACGAUGUUUGAUGGAUCAUCAUCAAAGUAUCCAGGUGUCUGUCAUGUUCCAAUGGAACCAGCGUUUCAUCCUGAAGUUAGAAAUGUCUUACUUAAAGCUGGUGAGACCCUAGGAUUGAAUAUGGCUCCAGCUUAUAAAGGAACUAUUAUUAGUGUUGAAGGUCCACGAUUUUCAUCUAGGGCUGAAAGUAAAGCUUUUCGGAUGUGGGGAGCAGAACUAAUAGGCAUGACUACAUGUCCAGAGGUUUGUCUAGCUAAAGAAGCAGGACUUCUUUAUGCCUCAAUAGCAAUGGUAACUGAUAAUGAUUGUUGGGAUGAUAAAUGUGAUAAUGAUGGUGUAUGUGUUCCUGAUGUAAUGGCAGUAUUUAAACAAAACGUCAGCAAAGUCACUCAACUGAUUAUUAAAGCUGUUGAACUCAUUGGAAAACGUGAUUGGGAUCAAGAGAUUGAUGACUUAAAGGAUCUUAUUAAAAGCAGUAAUAUGACCAAAUAAGAAUAAUUAAAAAAAUAACUAAAAUAAAAUACUAGAAGUUUUUUGAUGAAAAUAAUAA